CCGAAACCAACCAGUAAGUUUCAUUUGUGUUGUCAAAGGAGCAAUGGCAGCCGCUAGAUUAUUGCGCACGUUGAAGCCCAUGACUUUUCAUUCCUCCUCUUCUUCUCCAUCUUCUCCGUCAUCAACAGCACUGAAGUGUUCGAGCAUGGCCGGAAGAUUAAACGGAGGGAAGAAACUUGCUAGGACUGAUAAUGAUAGUCAUCAUAGGAAGAAAAAACAUACGGUGGCUGUGAAGGUGUCGAAAACCACAUUGGCGGAGCCACAAGUUGAGAAUAAGGGUGGACUACUCGUAGAUUUGGCUUCCCUGGUCGGAAAGGCCACCCGUGCUUUGCCUAUUCUACUGAGAACGGCUCUCAAACCAAAGUCUUUGAGACAGCAAGUCCAGAUGUUCAUUGAAAGGGGGAUAAUAGAUUGCCGAUUCUUUACGUUACUUGCAGUUGCGGGAUCUUUACUCGGUUCAGUACUAUGCUUUGUAGAGGGUUGCUUGAUUGUUCUAGAGUCAUAUUUCCAGUAUUUCCAUGCCUUGUCGCACAAGACGGAUCAAGGCCAUAUGGUGCAUCUUCUUAUUGAAGCCAUUGAUAUGUUCUUGGUAGGAACCGCCAUGCUUAUUUUUGCAGUUGGGUUGUAUGCCAUGUUCGUGGGGUCAAAGGCCGCGAAAGAAAAGGGACAGCAGUUUUCCGACUCAAAUUUGUUUGGUCUCUUCUACAUGAAGGCACCUCCAGCAUGGGUUAACAUGGAAUCAGUUUCGCAAGCGAAAUCGAAAAUAGGGCAUGCGGUGGUGAUGAUACUGCACGUGGGACUUCUGGACAAGUUCAAAAGCAUACCUCUCGUGACGCCGCUCGAUCUUGCUUGCUUUGCUGGAUCUGUGCUUCUUUCCUCUGCUGGUAUCUUCCUUCUCUCCAGACUCUCUACCACUACGAAACCCCCAACUUCCGGCUGUGACGGAGUCAGAAUUUUAGCUCAAGAGGGACCAAAAGUCUCAUCCUAAAAUGCUCUUCUGAUCUAAAAAAAAUAAAAAUUUGCCAUGUCCUAACUACCGACCACUAUCAUUUGAAUUUGGUAUGAUGCCAUUCUUGUCAUCCUCUUCCUCACCUGAACCCUCAUGCCCAGUACCCCGACUCAGAUUCAAAAUAAAGAGAGGGGAAUAGAAAAAUAAGAAAAAAUAGAAAAAGCAAAAGUGAUAAUAUUAAAAGACUUCAAGGAAUAAAAACUUAAAAACAAAAAUAAAAAUAAGAACUAGCUCUCUCGUCUAUUUCCCCUUUCUCUUUGGAUCACAUGAGCCCCUCAAAACUCACAGUGAAAUACCCACGAGUGACAAAUGGAAUCCAUUGAAAGAAACAAGGAAAGAUUCUAGUUUUUUUUGAAAUCAAAAGAUAACUCUAGGUUUUUUUGUGUGAAUAAAAUGUCAAGGUAAACCCGGGAUCUAUUUCCCUCGUGGCUCCGCCCCUGGCUACUGGUGUACAUGGAAGAUAGAUCAUACAACUAACUGGUGACGGUGCCCACAAACUACUGGAUUGGUUUAUUAAUUUAUAACCCCAUUCCUUUUUGUUGUAUAUACUGAGCAAUAUAUACCGAUACGUAGCAAUACUCAUCGAAAUAUUAUAUUUCUGUAAGCGAAAAAAGAAUUAUACUUCACACAGCAAGGGAAGAUGAUUUGGUUAAUUAAAAGCUAGCCCUUCGAUACUAUAGAUAUUGUAAUUCAACCAUGAUGAAAGUGUUGGAAAAUAUUAGUAUUUUAUGAUUAUUUGAGUUUGCUUGUUAGUUAAUAUAUCGGUCUAAUCCAUCAGAAUUAGGGUUUCUAGGUUUUGCUCUAUAUAUAGCUUAUAGUUUAGCAUAAAUAACAUGUUAGUUACGAUGUAGUCUUUUGAGAUUUUGUAGCCGUUUCAGCAUUCUCAAUCUGUUUAAUAAUAUUCUUAUUAUUUUGUAAUCUUGUUCAGUCUAAUAUUUAACUUGAUGUCAGAGCAGAUUUGAUUAUUCGGGAUUUAAUCUGCUUCUGUUCGUUAUCAGUGUUUGUCUUUUUCCAGUUUCGAUUCGUGGAAUAUUUUGUUAUUCGUGGAAUAUUUUGUUUUCUGGUUUGUUUUUUGGUUGUCAUCCAUAGUCGAAAAAAAAGAAAAAAAAAAAAAAAAGAGGACGUUUCUGGAGUUGAAGUUUGGACCUGUGCCGACGCUGGAUCGAGUCGAUCCAUCAUCUGCUAUUGUUCCUGUAUACGCUGUUGCCUGUAAUCCCGACCAGUUUCCGCUGCCGUGCUGAACCCACCACCAGCCAUCAGCCUUCGUACCGGGCCUGCCCCCUUCAUCCGUAUGUGAGCCAUUCCACAUACGCCAUCGUUGCACCACUGUACCCAUUGUAUGCACACCUCCGUUGAAUCCACUGCACUCGCAAUUGUAUUGUUUGUUCUGGAGAAAACCACUGCCCAGAAAGGAAGGUUGAAGGGAAAAAGAAAAGAAAACCGACGAAAAGAAAAGAAAAUCUUUUUGGUUGUUUGUUUUUAGGCCCACACGGGCAAAGAAUUAAAAAUGGUUAAGUUUGAUUUAGGCCCACACAAGUUGUUGGCUUUGUUUUGAAGUUGGGGGUAUCUGCCGUUGCCGUUCGUAAUGAACUCUCGAGUGUUUGGAGUGUUAACCUCUAGAGUGAUAGUUGCUAGAAUUUUUUGGCGUUGUUCGUUUGUUGGUACAAUUGAGAUAUGAAAAUCUCAUUCAUUUAGUGAUGGGUUCUUUUCAUACUCUUAACACUAGUCAGUCAGAAUCAAUUCGCCAGUUCACUAGUUUACACGUUCGUCAGUCAAGUCACAAGUUCACUAGUCAAGUCAAGCUCGCCAGUCGAGUCAAGUUAAGUUAAGUUUGUAUACAUGCCAGUCCGCCUAACGGAGCUA